AUGGCAGACAUCAAAGUCGAGGAGGCGAACGAAGAGGAAGCCGCAUACACAAUCACGAGCACAAAUCAACUACCUCUGGAACCCGACAUUCCAGACGGAGGUUAUGGAUGGGUGGUUGUGGUCGGCAUCUUCAUUGUCAAUGGAUGGGCUUGGGGGGUGGUAUCGUCCUACAGCGUCUACCUUGCUCAUUACCUCUCAGCAAACACCUUUCCCGGAACGAGUCCACUAGAGUAUUCGUUUGUUGGAGGGACAAAUUUUGCUGCAGCCAUGAUUGUUGCACCUCUGGUUAACAUUCUGAUAAGGAAUUUUGGAACAAGAACCUCGAUGCUCCUUGGCACCUUUUUCAUUUCUGGGGGCUUGAUUGCCGCCUCCUUCGCAAAACAGUUUUGGAGUCUCAUCAUCACUCAGGGUAUAAUGGUUGGUAUCGGAGUGGGUUUGCUAUACGUCUCCACGGUUCCAGUGGUGAGCCAAUGGUUUCUGAAGAAACGCAGCUUCGCCCAGGGCAUCACGGCUGGAGGCACCGGGAUUGGGGGACUGAUUUUUUCUUCGUCAAUCACGCCGAUGAUAACGAACAUCUCCCUCGCUUGGUCUCUUCGCAUUAUGGGUAUCAUAUGCUUUGUGAUGCUCUUCCUUGCUUCGUGCAUGGUGCGAGACCGCAACAACAGCGUACGCCCAACGCUGCACCCGUUCGACGUCCGGUUCUUCCGUCGAUGGGACGUCUGGCUUCUGAUGAUCUGGGGAUUCCUAUUCCUUCUUGGAUACAUGACUCUGAUAUCUUCCCUUCCCGACUUUGCGCGCUCACUUGGGAUCUCACAGAGCAAGGCAAGCAUCACAGCGGUUUUGAUCAAUCUGACGACAACGAGUGGGAGAACCCUGGCGGGAUGGGCCUCCGACCACUACGGAAGAAUCACAGUCGCCCUCAUCUGCACGUUUGCGAGCGGUAUAUUUUGUCUGGUUGUUUGGGUGCCCUCAGAGUCACUGGCUCCAACUUUGGUCUUUGCAUUUCUGGUGGGAAACGUGUACAGUGUCUUCUGGAUAUCAGUUGCACCAAUAGCUGCUGAGAUUGUAGGACUGCAGGAGCUCCCAUCUUUAUUGGCAAUUGCGUGGCUGAAUGCUGCUGCUCCAUGCUUUGUUUCAGAGGCUAUUGCACUAGAGCUUCGUCGUCCAAAUUCGGACCGUCCAUAUCUCUACCCGCAGCUCUACGCAGGCUUGAGCUAUAUCAUCGGGGGACUGUUCCUCCUCGAACUGCGGCGAAUCAAAAUUGGGCUUUUUAGCGUGGAAACACAUAGAUAA